GGCUGCUAUAAUGGACCCCGCAGUGAAUGCUGUUUGUUGAGAGGAGGAUAAUCUCAAGGGUUGCUGGUUAGGUAUCCUACUAUGUAAGAAAAGGCAGGUACUGGUAACCAUGCAAUCCAGUUCCGCUACGACGGUACCAGAUAUUUGGGUCGCAGCUUGAAUGUAUAAUAAUGGACAGCUUCCGCCGAUCAUAGGGUCUCCGGCUUGACAGCUUGAAAGUCUUGCAUCGACGAAGGUCCGAAGUCGAACAAUGAAGACGUCUACGAUCCCCUGCCUGCUCCUCUGGCUAAGCUCUGUAGUGAGUGCCUCCAGCUGUAACCAGAGGCGAAAGGUCGUCCGCGCAUUCAAUGUCCACCGUAAUGGAAGUUCUAGCACAACUCCGUUGCAGGUCGGCAACGGCAACUUCGCCUUCGGUGUCGAUGUCACGGGCCUGCAGACCUUCAACCCCUUCGGGACAAUGUCAACAUGGGGCUGGCAUAACUUCAGCCUACCUACGACGGAGAAUCAGACAUCAGUCGAAGACUUCACAGGCUUAGACUGGUGGACGCACGGCAGGUUGGUCAACUACAACCAGCCAAACCCUGCCGAGAAUGAUAUUUCCAACUGGCUCAUCCAGAACCCCCAGAGGCUGAAUCUGGGCAACAUAGGCUUCUCGUUCGGUGGAGCCAAGGUUGCUGAGUCUGACCUCCAACAGAAGACCCAGGUUCUUGACCUGUGGACGGGCAAAAUUUCGUCCAGCUUUGUCUACAAUGGGUCCCUGGUCGAGGUUGAAACCUGGGCCGACACUGACUCAGACGUGGUUGGCAUCAACGUCAAGUCGGACCUCCUGACGGACGGCGCAUUGGGAGUCUUCUUCGACUUCCCUUACUCCGACAGGAACAAGUUCGAUGCUCCUUACGUUGGUGUUUGGAACGCCUCAUGCAGCCAUUCGACGGUGCUGGAGCAACAAUCCGAUAGUCAAGCAUCGAUACAACAUAUCUUAGAUAGCAACACCUACUUCGUGACAGCGAAAUGGGAGGGCAAAGGCACAGUGACAGGCCCGGCAAAGGGGACUCAUCGCUACUUCCUCACGACGCCCGGAGCUGAUAACUUGGAGCUGACCGUUUCUUUCUCGCCUACUGAGGCAUCCAAUAACCGCGCCUUUAACGAGGUAACCGCAGCAUCCCAGAGUUGGUGGAGGUCGUUCUGGAACUCUGGCGCCUUCGUCGAUCUCACAGCCGUUAAGUCCGCCAACGCAACCGAGCUGCAGCGCCGGAUAAUCCUCUCGCAGUAUCUCCUGGCCGUGAACUCGGCCUCGAGCAACCCUCCUCAAGAAUCCGGGCUCGUGAACAACGGGUGGUACGGCAAGUUCCACCUCGAGAUGCUCCUCUGGCACAGCCUGCCGUUCGCGCGCUGGAACCAAUUCCCCCUGCUGUGGCGGAGCCAGCCGAACAUGUAUCAGCGCUACCUCGAAUCGUCCUACGAGCGCGCCAGGCUGCAGGGCUACAAGGGCGCGAGAUGGGGCAAGAUGACGGAUCCAACCGGCCGGAGCGCGCCGGGCGAGAUCAACUCACUGCUGAUCUGGCAGCAGCCGCACCCGAUGUACCUGGCCGAGAUCGAGUACCGCUCCUUCCCCAACGACACGGUGCUCGAGCAGUGGGACGAGGUUCUCACGGCGACGGCCGACUUCAUGGCCUCGUUCGCGUGGUUCAAUGAGUCCACCGGAGUUUACGACCUCGGCCCGCCCAUGUACCCCGUCAGCGAGAACACGCCGCCCAACGCGACCGUCAACCCGACCUUCGAGCUCGCCUACUGGCGCUUCGGCCUCGACGUCGCCGCCCGGUGGAAGACGCGCCAGAACAAGACCGUGCCUGCCGAGUGGCUCGCCGUGCGCGACGGCCUGGCCCCGCUGCCCAUGGUCGACGGCACCUACCCGGUGUACGAGGGCAUCCCGGACAUGUGGACCGACAGCGCGACGACUAAUGACCACCCGGCCAUGGCGGGUAUAUACGGCCUUCUGCCGCCGCCGAUGAGCGGGCCGCCCCUGGACGAGGCAGCGCUGCGCAAGACGUCGGACCGCAUCCUCGAGACUUGGGCCCUCGACGAGUCGUUCGGCUGGGACUUCUCCAUGCUCGCCAUGAACUCGCUGCGCCUCGGCAACGUCGACCACGCCCUCGACUACCUGCUCCACCCCAUCUUCGAGUUUGACGACGCCGGCUACCCCGUCGGCGGGUCGAGGGUCCCCACGCCCUACUUCCCCAACUCGGCGUCGCUCCUGCUGGCCGUGGCCAUGAUGGCCGGCGGCUGGGAUGGUGCGCCCGGCCCGCACUUCCCCGACGGUUGGGAUGUUACCGUUGAGGGAUUCGUGCCAGGGCUGUAGAGAUGUUAUUUUAUGCGUCUCCGUCUUGUCUUGUCAAAGUUGUUGCUGGAGGAUGGAUGUUGGCCCGUUGAGUGUGGCCUCUUUCCGAGACUUUCGUAUUUUCAAAAGCAAUAGAUAAUUUUAAAUAGGCGGUACAUUCCAGAGGGAGUGAGCUUGAAAACCAGACCCGGCUCUCUUCUACGCGACCUGGACAAGGCUCUUAAACAUAGGUAGCAAGUUAGUAACCCCAGUAGAGUUUGAUAUUAACUUGUAUG